AUGGAUGAACACGAAUAUACUUCCGCUUCGCCGGUACCAACAAAUGAACCAAAUCAAAAUGACUCAGCAGAUUUACUUGGACUUGACAAACCGAUCAAAUUGACUACACGCGCAAAGGUUGCAAAAAUAGAUGAUGAUAGAAUCUUAUCAAAACCAACAGGAAUUCAGUAUGUAGUGAAGAACUUUAAUAAAAUGAAUAGAGUGAUGAAGAAGAAGGAUGCUGCACUAGCCAAAGAGCUCUCGAAGGAAAAAUACAAGAGGGCUUCUACUAAAACCAUCAGGAAGUUGAAGCAUGAUCAUGAAUUUGAGAACUUCACUUUCAUCUUGCAUUACUACUGGUUUUGGUUAAAUACUGUCUUCCCGAAGGCAAAUUUUAAGGAUUGUAUAAAGUUACUUAGAGUUUAUGGAGCCAAAUCGAAUCAUAUGAAAUUGUAUAGACGUGAAUUGUUGGACCAGGAAUUAUUGAAGCUUAGACAGGAAAAAGGAAUCGUAGACAACAUAGGCGACGACAUUGAGGAAAGCCUUGGAAUAGCCCAACCAUUGGCCAGUGUAGAUCAGAGCUUUCCUGGCGUAGAAAACGAAAAUGAGAGCUCAGCUAAUAAUAAUAACAAUAACAAUGAGGACGAAGACGAUGACGACUGGAGUUUCAUGAUUAGAUCUGCCACCAGGCCAAAGAAUAGUCUCUUUAUCGAUGACGAUGAAGAUGAUGAUGAAUUGUAUAGAGUUACCAAUGUUGCUAAGAACCCUCUUCUGACUCAAUUGUCUCUGGCUCAAGUUGAUGGCUUUCCUGACUUAGAUGAAUUCUCCGACUCUGACGUCUUCAGUAAUCCUGUCCUGAAUACUGCUCAGCAUUUAAACGAAAAUGAAAAUGAAAAUGGCGAUGAUUUUGAAAUGGACUUAAUGAGAGAAAUGGAUCUAUAG